CACGUAGUUCAGCUGGCGUGUCCGCACUGCCACUAAAGCGGCGACAAUUAGCGUACAGACCUACUGUAAUUGUACGGAGGAAAACCAUUUUUCAUGACAUUGAAACGUACAGUAACAAACAGAGCGCGGACCGUUGCGCUGUUCGCUCGAUAACUUAUCUCACUCGAUAAGAGGCUCGCCAACCUGAAAACUUGCUUGCUUCGAAUAAUGUUCAACUAAAGUGCAGUGACAAUAGGUGUCUCGUUACAGAAAUAAUAAUUAAAAAAAUGGCGCAAGGAAGCUUGGAAGUCGGAAUGAGGUGCAUAAAAUAUAUGUUGAUGAGCGUCACAGUGAUAUUCAUGCUGACUUCAGCGCUGAUCAUCUCUGUGGGAACGUCAAUCUACGCGAUCUUCGAGGAGAUCCAGUUCUUCCUCCAGGGUCAUUUCUACACGCCGGCCACCCUCAUCAUCGCCAUUGGCGUUAUCAUGCUCUUCGUGUCCCUCUUCGGAUGCAUCGGCGCCUUCAAGGAGAGCACUUGCUUUAUUAACAUUUUCGCAGUGAUCCUGAGCUUGGUCUUCAUCUUGGAAGUAGCCGCAUCCAUAGCUGCGUACAGCCUCCGAGGGAAGAUCGACCAUAUGUUGGACCAGACCCUACGUCAGAACAUGCACCAUUACUACGAGGACGAAAUGGUGUCAGAAUACGUUGACUUCUUGCAGAACAGAAUGAACUGCUGCGGCGCGGACUCGUACCAGGACUGGGCCGCAGUGAUCCCGCCCCCGGGAACGAGCGGCAUCGUCUACGAAAACAUGACCAUUCCGAACUCCUGCUGCGCGCAAACCGAGGGCAAGAUGGUUGACAACGAGAUAAUGGAGUCGUGCACCAAACUAUAUGCCAACGGCUGCCUACCGAGGUUGUUCUACAUCCUGUACCAGAGCGCGGGUUUGCUCGGCGCUGGCGCACUUACCAUCGCUUUCAUACAGAUUAUCGGGAUCGUGUUUUCGUUCUCUCUGGCCAGUGCCAUUCGUAAGGCGAAAAGUGAACGCGAGCAUCGCCGCUGGGAGAUCAAAGAGAGGGUCAUAAACGCCCGCACGUCGCUCAACCCUGACGGGGAAAAAUACAAGCCGGUAGUCUAUGUGCCAUUCCAUGGGCAGACUAUCGCAUAAUUCCACUUCGAUAACAUUCAAUCGAGAUGAUAAAUAGAUUUGUGGAUUUUCUAAAAAUUACCAAUUUAAGAUCAUAUGUAAUUUCGGAUAUAUCAUAAUAUACCGAAGUAUUGUUUUUCAAAAGCACGGUUCGCCGAAUUUUUCGGUGUCUUAAGAUCCGCGUUAAGUUAAAUAAUUGUCUAAACUAACCUAACCAUAAGAAAGGGGACCAAAUAAGCAUUCAACUUAAAGGGACCACGAAUUGAUACUACUCCGUCAUGAUGAUGGCACGGAGUGACAAGAGCAAACUUACCGUAUCGAAGUAAAAAAAUAUUUAUAUUUAUUUCAAUGGGUAUUAUUUUCACUUAAAGUAGGUAUUUCCGAAAAACAAUAUGUCUCGGUGAAUUAUGGGAUAUUCUCAAGUAUUGUAGUAGUUAAAGUUCCUUUUUUAAGUUACAAUUUACAAUGAAGGAACUAUAUUAUACACUAACUUGGAGCACAUUUAUAUUUUUUUUCAUUUUUAAGUCCCUCAACACAAUUGUUAAUAAAUUGUUCAUUGACAUGUCAAUUGUAAAUAAAUUAUUAUAACAUUAAAUAACAAUGUUUUAAUAGUUACCCUUUACAAAUACUUAAAACGUAACACGAUCACGGACUGUCAUGCCACAAAAGAGCUGGCCGCUUCUCGAGACAUGCCGCACUUAACGAUAUCAUACGCCGGUCCCUUGUCACCGUGUCAAAUCUACUUGAGCCGACUGGUAUUGCAAGAGACGAUGGCAAGAGACCGGACGGUAUGAGUUUGAUUCCAUGGAAGAUGGGCCGGGUGCUAGUAUGGGAUGCAACCUGUUCAGACACGCUGGUCCCUUCCCAUCUACAUGGAACCAACAACAGAGCUGGUGCGGCUUGCGAAGCGGCUGAAAAAGUUAAGGCAUGCAAAUACAGGGGUCUAGGCUCCGAAUAUGAUUUUGUCCCAUUCGGUGUCGAGACCCUUGGUCCGUGGGGUCCUAGCGCUGUAAGGCUUUUUAAGGAAAUAGCAAAAAGGUUAGUCGACAUCACACGAGACCGAAGAGCUGGCAGCUACCUCGGACAAAGAAUUAGUCUAGCUAUUCAAAGGGGGAACGCUGCCAGUAUCUU